AUGAUGGAGAGUGCUCAGCAAGCAAAACCGCUUAUUGUCGUUCCUUUGUUCGGCGAUCAAACAAGGAAUGCGAAGCUCAUUGAGAAAUUUGGCUUCGGUAUCUUUUUGGAGAAAAGUCGCCUCAGUGACAGCAACGUGUUGCGCGAAGCAAUCGAACAAAUUCUCACCGAUUCUAAAUACCAAACAGCAGCCAAUCGAAUUAGCCGGCUGCUGUCACGACGUCCUUUUAGUCCAGAAGAGAAACUGGUGAAAACCGUGGAGCUCGCCGCCGAAUUCGGAGAUUUACCGGAGCUGAAAGUAGCCGGAAGAGAUCUUGGAUAUGUUGCUUAUUAUAAUCUUGAUCUACUAUUUAUUUUAGCAGCGAUUUUCGCCGCAAUUAUAAGUCUAAUGAUAUAUGUUUUAUUGAGGAUAUCUAUGCACCAUUUCGUGACAGUAAAAGUGAAGGUACAUUGA